AUGGGAGAGUUUGAGGUGGGCGUCUGUAUGCUGCACCGGCGAGAGGUUGAGCGCGCGCAGCAUCUGACCGCGCUCGAUGCCGGGUUUGCCAAUAAGAUAUUUGGAGACAUCAAAGUUUCCCUUCAAAGUAAGAACACAUGGGAGCUGGAGAAUACGGUCCGACAGAAGCUCCUUGUCCCUGAGCAGCUGCCAUCAUCGUAUGACACGGCUUGGGUUGCAAUGGUGCAUGCAAAGGGUGCUCCUCAGGCACCACGCUUUCCUCUGUUUGUGGAGUGGAUACUGCAAAACCAGCAUAAUGAUGGUUCCUGGGGGCUAGGUCACCUUGACCCGUGUUCGCUUGGCAAGGAUGCCAUCUCCUCGACGUUGUCAUGCAUUCUAGCAUUGAAGACAUGGAACAUCGGUGAUGAACACAUCAGGAAAGGGCUCUGUUUCAUCGAAAAGAAUUCUUCCUACAUUAUGGAUGAGAAGUGCAGUGCACCUCUAGGAUUCAACAUCAUCUUUCCUGGCAUGAUAAGGUUGGGAAUUGACUUAGGAUUGGAAUUCCCACUAAAGCAAUCUGAUGUUGAUGGGAUUUUCCGGCUUCGAGAAAUAGAGUUACGACAAAGGUUUGCCACUGCAUAUAUCAUGGCUUUGGGAAGAAAAGCCUACAUGGCAUACAUAGCAGAAGGAUUAGCAGACGUACAAGACUGGGAUGGAGUUUUGACAUAUCAAAGCAAGAAUGGAUCAUUAUUCAACUCGCCCUCCGCAACUGCCGCCUUAGCAAUCCACGGCCACAAUGCGAAUGCGCUCAAGUACUUGGAGUUCCUUGUAAACAAGUUGGGCAGCUCAGCUCCAACGAUCUAUCCAUCAAAUGUACACUCACAGCUUUGCAUGAUUGACGUCCUUCAAAAUAUGGGAAUAUCAUAUUAUUUUGCUUAUGAAAAAAACAACAUAUUGGACAUGACAUACAGGUCUUGGCUUCAAUAUGAUGAGGAGAUAAUCAUGGAUAUGGAGACAUGUGCAAUGGCAUUUCGAUUACUGCGCAUGCACGGAUAUGACAUCUCCUCUGAUGCAAUGUCUCACUUUGCUGAUGAGUCUAGAUUCCAGGAAUCACUGCACGGACACAUAAAUGAUACGAAGACGUUGCUCAAAUUGUACAAAGCUUCACAAGUAUGUAUCUACGAAGAUGAAUGUAACCUACAAAACAUUGGUUCAUGGUCUGGUAAACUGCUGCAUGAACAACUAUCUUCCAAUAGACUGUCAAUACCAAUAAUGCGUCACGAGGUAGAAGGCGCCCUUAAAUUUCCAUUUCACUUGGCCACCGUAGGACCACUAGAGCACAAGAGGAACAUAGAGCAUUUCAACACCAAGGGGAUCCGGAUGCAAAAAUCGGCAUUCUUGGCAUGUCAGGCAGCUGAAGAUAUCCUUGCACUAGCCACUCAAAAAUUCCAUAUCUCCCAAUCUCUGUACAAGAAAGAACUUGGGUGCAUUGAGAGAUGGGCAAAAGAGGCUGGUCUGAACCGGUUCAAGUUUACAAGAGCCGUGUCUUUGGAUUUGCCCAUCUUUAUGGCUUCCACCAUCUUCCCUCCUGAAUUGUACCAUGCCAGCAUCGCGUGGAUUCAAAAUAGUAUUCUGACCACAAUAGUUGAUGACUUCUUUGAUGGUGGAGGUUCAACCGAAGAGCUAGAAAACCUUGUCACGUUGAUUGAGAAAUGGGAUGCGCAUGCCGGGAUCGGGUUCUGCUCUGAGGAUGUAGAAAUCAUGUUCUAUGCUAUUUACAACACCAAUAACCAGAUCGGAGCGAAGGCUGCAGAGGUUCAGAAUCGCAGGGUCAUCGGCCAUAUUGCUAAAGUUUGGGUAAACGCGGUGCGGGCCAACAUGACUGAGGCAGAGUGGACGAGGAAAAGGUAUGUGCCGACCAUGCAAGAGUACAUGCCGGUUGCAGAGGUUACCAUGGUGCUGGGCCCCAUUGUUUCUCCAUCGCUCUACUUGGUCGGACCGGAACUCUCAGAAGACAUUGUGAGGGGUUCGGAGUACAAGGACCUGCUCAGGCAUGCGUCCAUCUGCUGUCGUCUCCUCAACGAUAUACAGACAUACGACAAGGAGAAGAGCCAGGGCAUCAUCAAUAGCGUCCUGCUCCAAGUUCUUGGCCAUGGCGCCUCCAGUAGUGAAGCGGCGAAGAGGGAGAUUUUGGGGCUCGUCGCUGAUUCCCGGAGGGAGCUGCUGAGGCUUGUGCUCAGCAAGGAAGCAACUAUUCCUAGGUCAUGCAGAGACAUCUUCUGGAACACCUACAAGUUAGGGCAUCUGUUCUACUCGCAGGGGGAUGGCUUUAGCAUGUCGCAGGAGCUGGCGGUAGCGGUGAAUGCGGUCGUUCAUGAGCCACUGCAAGUAACACCUCCCUCACGUUUGAAGAGAGGGUAA